UAUGAAUUCGCCACCCUCAGCACACGACUCCUUUCCUGAACUUCAUCGCUGGAUUAACUUGUCCUUGUGCCGAAGCUCCAAAAGCCUUUAGUUGUUGACAUUCUAACUCCAGUCGCUCUUUUGUCUUCCGUUCACUGACAGUUCUUCCACAGGAUGGAGGAACCGAUUGGCUCUUCCGAGCCACUAAGUCUCUAUCUCCCACUACCAUAUCGAGUUCUCUUGGUUACCAUCUUAGGGAUAUGGCUGUUUGGCCUUAAUCUACACUAUUUCCAGAUCGUCCGGAUCGAUGCCUCGCCGAUGCUACGGUACACUCGCAGUUCCUCCGAACCUCCGCUUCACAAGUCGGUUUAUGAGCUCGCUUUUCUAUUGGCACUGUUGUUUGGGGCGAACGUCACGGCCUUUUGGGUUUUUACCGCCGGGAACGAGGAGGCGGUCAAGAACUUGCAGAUGCUGCCUGUACUACUGUUCCUUGCCGUCGUGGGUAUGUUUUUAUGGCCAUUUGGGGGCUGGCACCAUAGGGGCCGCUGGAGGUUUUUGAGGAUGCUUCGUCGGGUUCUUAUCGGUGGGCUCCACCCAGACCUUCGAUUUGCCGAUAUACUUCUCGCCGAUGCCUUGACCUCUUAUGCAAAGGUUCUUGGGGACUUUGCGGUGUGUGUCUGUAUGUUCUUCAGUGGAUACUCUUCGACAAACACCAUCCCAAACCGUUCUUCUGGUGGGAAGUAUCUUAUGCCUCUUGCUAUAAGUGUGCCCUACUUGAUACGGUUUCGGCAAUGUUUGAUCGAGUAUGUUCGGGCCCGCCGAAAGGGCUUCCCGUCUGCAGAGCAACGAAUCCAUCUCUACAAUUCUGUAAAGUACGCCUCGGCGUUCCCGGUGAUCCUGUGCAGUGCGUUGCAGCGUGGAUAUAACCCCGAUGAGCCGCAUAUGUUCUCACGCUCAACUCUCUCGAGGCUGUGGUUGCUUGCUGUGGCGGUCAACUCGCUGUUUUCGUUCUACUGGGAUGUCGCAAGAGAUUGGGAAUUGACCCUGUUCUCUUCUCGCCGCUCCUCGGGCGAAUACCCGUAUGGGUUGAGACCGAAUCGUCAUUUCGUAAAUAAGGAGCUCUACUAUGGAGCCAUCAUCAUUGAUUUCCUGCUCAGGGGAACCUGGAGUGUUAAGCUCAGUCCUCACUUGGAUCACAUCAACGAAAUGGAAGGUGGGAUAUUCCUCCUGGAGCUCCUAGAGAUCUUUAGGCGAUGGGUUUGGACCUUUUUCAGGGUUGAAAAAGAGUGGGUCAUGACCCGCGGCAGCGGGGGAUUAGGGUUACUAGAGGGUGGCGAUGGCGUAUUGUUGACUGAUUUUGGCAAGCUUGAUGAGGAUUAGAGUGAAAGGUUCUUUUACGUCCGCUGGUAUAGAAUUGUGCGAUUGGAGGAGGGAGGGAUGGUUGCGUUGGCGCAUCACCCGCUCUAGCCCCAUAUUUAUUUAUUUUUUAGGCAGUAUUGGGUUUUGGCAGGUACGGGGACUGACCUGGGAUAAAGGGAGGAAAGAUUUUGUACUGUUUAUUGUGUAAUAAGUUAUAGAGAGCCCGUGAGAUGACUCGCAACGCCUUAGGUUGGGUUUUGGGGAGUGGGCUUGUCGAUUAAGUUUUGAUAGGGGUUUUGGCACCAUGAUCAAUUGUGUAUCGAAGGUAUGGAAACCCCUAAGUCCAAGGGAAAUAUCUAUAAUAUAACUCAGCAUCGGCUUUGGUUCUUUAUGGACCCCUCUAA